AUGAGCUGGAAAGACACAAACAAGCAUUUGCAAAUCCUCAGAUCCGCCGAAGAGGGCGGAUAUGGAGUGAUUGCAGCCAUUGCAUACAACGUCGAGCAUGUGACUGCAUUUGUCCAAGCAGCCAACAGCCGCAAAUCACCUCUGAUCCUCCAAUUAUUUCCCUCGGCCCUUGAACUUACUCCUUCGCUUGUCUACGCAGCAGCCGCAGCAGCUCGGUCUGCAUCAGUCCCUAUUUCGGUGCAUCUCGAUCACGCACAGAAUGCAGAACAGAUCAAGUAUGCUGCGGACAAUUACCCCUUUGACUCUAUCAUGGUGGAUAUGAGUCAUUAUGAGAGGGCAGAAAAUAUCGAAAAGACCAAGGCGUUGAAAGAGUAUUGCCAUGAGAAGAAAAUAGCUGUGGAAGCAGAAACCGGUCGUAUUGAGGGCGGUGAGGAUGGAAUCAUGGAUACUGGCGAUUUAGCAGUGAUUUUGACAAGCGCCGAGGAUGUCGAGGAUUUCAUCUCUGCCGAUGUCGAUGCAAUUGCACCGGCUGUGGGUAACAUCCAUGGAGAUUACGGCCCAAAGGGACCUGAAUUGGACUUUGAAAGACUUCAAGGAAUCUACAAGCAAAUCAACAAGCGCGUCCGACUAGUUCUUCACGGCACCAACGACUUCACCCCCGAACUGAUGACAUCCUGCGUCAAAGCCGGAGUCUCCAAAAUAAAUGUCAAUAAACUCCUCCUAGCACCCUGGCAAGCUCAUAUUGAGGAAAAUAUACACAAGCCUCUGACCCAGGUCAUGCAAGAGGGUAUUGAAGUCUUGACCAAAGAGACUGAGAGAUGGAUGGAUAUUGUGGGAAGCAGUGGAAAGGCGUUCGUGUCUCAUGACAACCGCUUCAGCAACAUACUCGGCGACUCACCCAAACUCGAACUACUCGUCGAAAACAACAAUUACCCCUUCGCACACGAGGCUGGUGUCUUCUUCGAAUCCACCAACGAGCUUUUCAUCACCAGCAACCGCUUCGGCGACAAGCCGGGUAUACCCAGUCACAAACAACGCGUCCAAAUCUCCAAGGUCACCAUCAACGACUCUGACCCUUCCAAAUCAGUAUGCGAAGAAAUCGACUCUAGCGCCGUGCCCAUGGGCAACGGCGGCGUCAACUACAAAAAUGGAAUCCUAUUCUGUGGCCAGGGAUCUCUGGACAGACCCAGUGGAUUAUACUUCAUGCAAGCCACUGCGCCGUACAAUGUCGAGCUUUUGGUAUCAAACUACCACGGCCGCGAAUUCAACUCCGUCAACGAUGUGGUCAUUCACGAAGACGGUUCGAUCUGGUUCACUGAUCCGCCUUAUGGAUUUGAGCAGAAUUAUCGCCCUCCUUUACGACUGCCGCCUCAGGUUUAUCGUUUUGAUCCAGCCAGUAAAAGUAUACGGGCCAUGGCUGAUGGGUUUGGGCAUCCGAAUGGAUUGUGUUUUUCGCCGGAUGAGAAGACGUUGUAUGUCACGGAUACGGAUUGGAUUCAUGGAAGUGGUACGACGAGGGAUGAGAGGCCGUCUACUAUAUACGCUUUCGAUAUAAUCACCAGACAUGGCGAGCCAUUCCUUGCAAACCGCCGCCUCUUCGCCUUUGCCGAUAACGGUAUUCCCGACGGCAUCAAAUGCGACAUGGACGGCAACGUUUACAGCGGCUGCGGUGAUGGUGUCAACGUCUGGUCUCCUGGCGGAGUACUUCUGGGAAGAAUACUUGUGACUGGAGGUGUCGCUAAUUUUUGCUUUGGGCGACGAGGAGAGAUGUACCUGCUUAAUGAGCAUCGGUUGUGGAGGGKGAAGUUGGCCGAACAUGUUCGCGGAGCAUUAUUGAAGAUCUGA